AUUCUUCAUAGUGCCAUUGAAGUGAGUCAUCUCUAGGAAGUGUGGUAAAAAAAGAGAGAAAAAAAAAAAGUUCGAACUGUUCCGUGAGCAGCAGAUAGCUCCAGAUUAGAGCGUUUAUAGCACGGAAAAUAGAGAGAGAAGAUUAGCCCGGCAGAGAGGCUGGAAAGCGAGUGUUAACCUGCAGUGAGUCACUCUGGUAACUUACAGGUUCACUUUGUCUCGACUGGAUGUGACUGCUGAAGGUGUGCUGCUGACUUUAGGUUGAAGUUUGCGCACCUGAGAGGAUCUGCAAUAGUGUAUAGUAUUAUUUACCUGCGCGGCUCCAGAAUAAUACAAGCACAAUAAGAAACCUACAAGCAGGAAGCACGCAAGAAAAAAUCUCUUAAUUCUAACUGGCAGUGAUGUUUUAGGUUAGUUUAAAUAGAGGAGCGUUAUUGCACUUCAACUCUUCUCUGGAUAUCCCAAAUUAACAACGUCUCGAGUCAGAGGAUUUUUUUUUUUUUCUUCAGUUGGUGCCUUUUUUACUGCGAGGAUUUAAAAAAAAAAAGGAGGGGGUUUCAGAUCUCAACCAGUCUUACUGAAAUCUCCCUCUUUCCUGGACCAUGUACCAGGACUACUCCGGGAACUACGACACGUCGUCCCGCGGCAGCAGCACCUCUCCGGCCCAGCCAGAGUCCUUCACAAGCGGCAGCAGCACGAUCGGAAGUCCGAUCUCUACCUCAAGCUACCAGAAGUACAGGGUCGACAUGCCCGGCUCCAACAGUGCCUUCAUCCCCACCAUCAAUGCAAUCACGACUAGCCAAGACCUGCAGUGGAUGGUGCAGCCCACCGUCAUCACCUCCAUGUCCAACCCUUACUCCCGCUCGCACCCGUACGGCCACCACCUUGCCAACGGACCGGGGCUGCUGGGGCACAACCCGCUAGCUCGGCCCGGGGUCAUCCGCUCCAUCGGGGACGCCAGGGGCCGACGCAAGAGGGAUGAACAGCUCACCCCGGAGGAAGAGGAGAAAAGGAGGGUGAGGCGUGAGAGGAAUAAGUUAGCCGCCGCCAAAUGCCGCAACCGCAGACGAGAGCUCACAGAGAUGCUGCAGGGGGAGACUGAAAAGCUGGAGGACGAGAAAGCAGACCUGCAGAAGGAGAUCGAGACCCUGCAGAAGGAGAAAGACAAGCUGGAGUUCAUGCUGGUUGCCCACAAUCCCGUGUGCAAGCUCCCCACCGACGAGCGCCACCAGUCAUCGGGGCACCAGCAGCAGCACCAACAGCACCAGCAGCAGCAGCACCAGCAGCACCAGCACCAGCAGCAGUGCGCCCCCCUCCCCCUGACCAUGCGCCCCAACAUGGCCACCCGGGCCCAGAUGAACCAUGUGGUGGUGAAGCAAGAGCCGGAGGACAGCGAUGUCCUGGGCAAGCCCCAGCGCUCCGUCAUCAAGCCCAUCUGCCUGGGCGGCGUCGUCGUCGGAGGGAUGUACUGCACGGACGGAGACAGCCUGAACACACCGGUGGUGGCGGCGUCAACCCCGGCCGCCACGCCCAACGCCCCGAGCCUCAUAUUCACCUACCCGAGCAUGCUGGAGCCCGAGAGCCCCUCGCCUUCCUCCGAGUCCUGCUCCAAGGCCCACCGGCGCAGCAGCAGCAGCGGGGACCAGUCCUCGGACUCCCUCAACUCGCCCACCCUCCUGGCGCUCUGAGCGAGGGCUCCGCUCGGCACGGCUGAGAAACAAACACUGUGGCUGACGGCAAGCGCGAGGAUCAACUCCCCCCCCCAACCCCCUACCUUUACCCUUCCCCUUCUUACAUCCAGUGUCUUUUAAAGACCCAAGAGCACAUUCAAAAGUCCAGACCAAGCUGACCAUGUGAGCCGUUUCCCGCCCUCCGCAGGGAGACCCACAAGGGCUACGCCGCGUGUUUCUUCUUGUUCUGUAUAAAAAAAAUUAUCCGUAAGAGUGUGUGCACCGAUCCUAAAAAAAAAGUGUCAUCCCUUCGCCAUUUCAACUCCAGAGUGUCAACUUGUUUACCGGGAAGACAAUUCUGAAGACAUGCCUGAAUCUGGCAAUAGUGAGUUGAUGUGACUACAACUAGAGAGCGCGUUCUUAAUAUAUAUAUAUAUUUUUUGAAAAUGUUUAAAAAGCCAUGUGGCCGACACUUGCACUCCGCCAAGACGAAUCAAUAAAUCACUAAGCGAGGUCAGCGUUCUACUGGAGUUUCCGAGGAGAGAAAGAGACGAUGAGCAAAGACUUCCUCUCAUCUCCUCUUCCAUUUCGAUUUGUCCUUUUUUUGCGUAACUUGGACCUCGAUUCAGGAAUUGCUACGAGGAGGAGCGUGUACACAUUUCUGACGCUAUUUCCAUCUCUUUCAUUGUAUUUAUGGCCUGUGCUGAUUCAAUUUUACAGAGUGUUUUUGUUGAGACAUUGUCCUCUCCUUAAUCUGCCUGUAGAAAAGCAAAAUCGGUCCAUCCACGUGGUGACCGGAGCACUCCUCAGUGUUGCAAAGGAUACGAGCCAACUUUCAAUCAAUGACUAGUUCCUCAAUAAUUCCUUCUAUUUUGCCAUAGUGGCUUGACUUUACAGUAGUAUUGGUGUGCUUUUCCUCAGUGAUUCUGUACCUGAACUUUACAACCUGUUUAUGACAAAGUGUAUGUGAUUUACAUUGAUGUCAGGGAUAUCUCUCAUGUGUAGUAGAACCCCGUCGUGGACGACGUUGCACGACUGCAGGCUGCCGUACGGUCUAGCGCUGAUAAACUAGGGAUGAUAAAACUCCAUCGCUUCAUUGUGUCACCUCGAGACGUCUUUUCGCUCAAGACGACGUUGAGCAAACCCCUCCUCCACAGACCUUCUCGCAAUGUGUUUCUUACAUUCUAUAGAUAAAAGGUCUUACCUUUUUUUCAACACUGCCUCUCAGGGCAGGUCAGGUUUCAAAAAGCCAAAAAAAGGUUUUUUUUGUAGUCCUGUAAUUCGUCCGUCUUUGUCUAAAAGGAGGGAUUUUUGCUCAAAUUUGAAACAAAAGAAGAAAAGCCACUGUGGUCUAGACUGUCGCCAGCUGCCAAUGAUGUCAACCCUGUUUAUACUGUGUUUGUAAAGCUGUCACUUUUAGUAAAGAAAUGAUGUUUAAACUCAAGUCAGAUGUGCUGAUUUUACGGGUGUACGCCGACACCGAGGUACUCUGUAGUGGAACAAGGGCCAGUUCACUUUAUGACAAUAAGGAAGGGACGAGAAGGACUCUUUUUUUACAGCUGGCCUGAGACGAAAGAGGGGACACCUUGAGAAGAUGUAAUAUUUCUGAAGUUCUACGAAGCACUUCUUUUUCAUUAUUUUUACAUGUGUGUAUCUUAAAAGGGAUGAGGGUUUUCAAUACCGUGCACUGAGAGGGACGCAACAGCGAUAUUUGGGCCUUUUUUGUUUUGUUUACUUCAAACAUUCCUAAUGAAUUUAAUGUCAGGGGUCGAAGGGGAGGGGGGUGUCAUCUUUCGUCAUCAGAGGAAUAAAAGUUGUGGUUGGAAGACUUUUUUUGUUGUGCUGGAUGCAGAAAAAAACAGACUUUGCAAUUCAAUACAAGCUGCUGCUACUGUGGAAAGAACGCGUUUAUCUUCUGAUGGCGUGGGGUUUGAUGUCGCGUGGAUGCAACGGGGAAUCUUUGACAACAUAAAGAAGUGAAUCGAUAACCAAAAAAAACGUGACCAUGGGCGAGUCCGAUAUGUCUGUAUGUUGGAAUAUCCUGCAGCCCCUCGACACACAUAGGAAAGCCAUUGACUGUAGAUCUUCUGCUGUACAUGUCAUCUACUGUCUGUCGCCUGUUUUCAACUACUAUUACUUCUUUUUCCAAAUGCUUUAACUGUUUAAAAUGAUUCAAAAUUAAUAAAAAACAGCAAUAUGUAUAGCAGUGUUUGUUAAUUUAAAUGAAUAAUAAUAAUAAAAAACAAUAAUUUUCAA